GGCCCACACAGCUGGCUCACAGCCCAGGCAGCUGCAAUAGCAGGGGUGGCUUAGGGAUGAGGCCCAGCCCUUUGCCUCCCCUCCCUUCCCCCAGGUAUAAGAGCUGAGCUCAGGUGAGCUGGCUCCUCCAGUCUUGUCUCAGUGGCUGCCAGCAGAUCAUGAGCCGUCAGCUCCUCUGGGGCAGGCAAUAGGACCACCAAACGCUCACCAAAGGACCAAGUGCACGGGCACCAUGGGACAGUGUCGGUCAGCCAAUGCUGAGGAUGCUCAGGAAUUCAGUGAUGUGGAGAAGGCCAUUGAGACCCUCAUCAAGAACUUCCACCAGUACUCAGUGGAGGGUGGGAAGGAGACGCUGACGCCCUCUGAGCUGCAGGACCUGGUCACCCAGCAGCUGCCCCACCUUAUGCCGAGCAACUUUGGGCUGGAAGAGAAAAUUGCCAACUUGGGCAGCUGUAACGACUCUAAACUGGAGUUCGGGAGUUUCUGGGAACUCAUUGGAGAAGCCGCCAAGAGUGUGAAGCUGGAGAGCCCUGUCCGGGGGAGUUGAGAAGCUUCCCCUGGAAUUUGUGGGAGGAUGUGGGGGAAAGGGGACUUUAGAGACUGUGGGCCUGGAAAUAAAACUCUUCUCUCCAGUACCACCACACUGUUCCCCAGCCCGCACCUGCCUCACCUCUGCAAGGUUCAGAUUUAUAAUGGCCCUCCCUGGGGCUCUGUGCCCUUCAUCCCUGGGAGCUCUAUAGAGCUAAUGGGUCCAGGAGUCUCCACCAGAGGGAGGCUCAGGGGGCGGGUUGGGGCCAGGGAUGGAUGUGGAGGGAUGUUGGAGGGAUAAGGAUGGUGUGAGGGCCAAGUAACUUGGUAGUGGGGCAAGGGCAGACAGCAGCUGGGCUGUGGGAAAUGAUUGAAGAAAGCUGGGAAUAGGGCUGGAUAUUUGGUACUAAAAAGGGUCUCUGAGAAGCUACCCCUCCUAAUCUCUCCCCCAACCCAAACCGUAGCUGUCUGUCCAGUGCUGGCCCUUCCUGCCCCCAGCUCUGCUCAGCCUCCUGCCAGGACUCUGUCCGUGGGCUAGGGCAGGGGAAGAGAGAGAGCAGGGUUGGGGAGAGGCUGAGAAGGGUGUGACUUUGGGAAUGAGAGGACCAGCUGGGUGCUUGGGCAUUUACAGAAUGAUGGUUGUUUUGUAUCAUUUGAUUAAUAAAAAAAUGGAAAAAGUGAAA